UCUAAAUGGUCAGUCAGUUGAACCAAGAUGAUUAAUCUUUCAAUCAUCAUUCCUCUUUUUUUUCUCAAUUUUUUUAUUCAACUUUGACGCACUGGGUGACUUCAUCAAACAGAUGUUUUGGCUUCCAAUAUUUUAUUUACUAAAAACGAGUUUUGUUAUAAAAAAAAGAACCCAAUUUUCUUUGUCUAUCAUUUCAUCAUUUUCUUCAAAUUUUUAAACUUUUUGAUACCAUGGCUUGCACCACCAGCAUCAACCCUCUGCCACUCAAAGACCGAGUUGCUAUAGUGACUGGAUCAUCGCGUGGUAUGGGCCGAGUUAUAGCGACUCAGCUGGCUGAGCUUGGUGCUAAGGUCGUUAUUAACUACUCCUCGAGCCCGGACCAAGCCGAUCUGGUUGCUACCCAAAUCAAUUCUCGCUAUCCUGGUGACUGCCUACGAGCUGUAACCGUCAAAGCGGAUGUUUCGGAUCCUGCCCAGGUCAAGUUUUUGUUUGACUCGGCUGAGCAGGCGUUUGGGUCACCGAUUUACGUGCUGGUUAACUCAGCUGGAGUGUUGGAUCCUAAGUAUCCUAAAAUUGCCGACACUUCCUUGGAGGAAUUUGAUCGUAUUUUCCGUGUAAACACAAGAGGGGCAUUCUUGUGUGCCAAGGAAGCAGCGAAUAGGCUGAAACGCGGUGGAGGAGGUCGAAUAAUAUUGCUGUCAUCAUCAACGGCGGCUGCACUGAGGCCAGGAUUUGGGGCAUAUGCAGCAUCAAAGGCAGCAGUAGAGGCGAUGAUAAAAAUACUGGCAAAGGAACUCAAAGGGACCGGCAUCACUGCAAACUGUGUGGCACCAGGACCAAUUGCAACAGAGCUGUUCCUUGAAGGUAAGAGUGAAGAAAUGGUGCAGAAAGUGAUUGAUGAGUGUCCACAUAAUCGGCUCGGUCAGAGCGAGGAUGUCUCACCUGUUGUCACGUUCUUGGCUACUGAUGCUAGUGAGUGGGUUAAUGGGCAGAUCAUUCGUGUUAAUGGUGGCUAUAUAUGAUACUUGUCAAAGCAUUA